CCCCUGCAGAUGCCUGAGCAGAAGCCUGAAAGGCUGCGCGGCCACUCCCCCGUGGCUUAAUCAUUAACAGACAGCUGUUGCUCAAGGCAGCGGCGGGGGCAGCUAUUGUUGCUGAGCACUAAAGGUCCUCCUUUCUGAGAAGACUCAGGAACUUUGAUUUGAUGAACAUGUUUUUGCAGAUCAGGGCAGCAGAUGUGAAGCUCGAGUCAAGAGGAGCCCGUGUCAAAGGUCAAGUCGCUGGUCCCAGUCGGCGCUCAGGGAAAUGAAGUGGUUAAUGAAAUGAACAGAGGGAGGAUGGGAUUUCACAGCUGACUGCAGCAGGAAAUGACAUUAGACUGUAGAUGGGAAUAAAGUUCUGAGGAGGGACAUUCUGCUGGUCUUUGGUCCCUUUUUGACAUCUUUCUGAGUGAACACGGUGGAGGAGCUGGACUGAGGUCCAGAGAGGCUUCAGGACACUUCUGGACGUCUGCUUCGUGGAUCCUGGUCCUCGUGUGGAGAUGCUGCAGCUUUGUGGAACACUGACUGGAACACAAAGAGAGCCGUGUGGGGAGCUUUUCUCUGCAGGCUCUGCUUCCUGAAAUGUUUCAAUUUCCCAGCAAACAUGUUAAGUAGAUCAGUGUUCUGAUCGUCAUACAUGACUGCUGUGCUGAAGGAAGGGCUUGUCUAAAGUUUGAUGAACAGCAUUUAGGCAGCUGAGAUCUAACCUGACUUAUGUCCUCCAGACAGACAUCUUCAACAGAGAAGUCUGGAGGUGGACGUAUCAUGAUGUGGGGCUGUUGUUUAGCAUGGAAGACCUGCAAUCCUCCCUUAGCUGAACAAAGGGUGAAUGCAAAAUCAGACCAAGUGGCCUUUGAUGAAAAUAAGCUCCUAUUUGUUUGGAUGAUGAACAAAAAAUCAAACCAGAUUAAAAAUCUCUGAGCCUGGGUUUGAAAAAGCCCCCCAUGAAAGGCUUGGAGGUCUGUGGGGAGCAGCAAACACGCAGGAGCGCCGCAUGCAGCUUCUUCUCCAGGCAGAAAGCCUUUUUUCCUGCACAUCAUUCACGGACGUCUGCGGUGUGAUCCGUGUCAGCCUCACGGUUCUCACCUGGUUUUUGGCAGAACUUUACAACAAAUGCACACACCACAUCCGACGGAGCCCAACAUGAGCGGUUCUGCUGUGUGCGUUUUGACCUUUGGCCGCGGUUAUAUGGCUGUGAGCGGUAUAAAGACGAGCUCCAGGACGGGCGCUUUCUGCUCCCGGAACAUCAUGGACUCCGGCAGAGCUCUGUGUGCCGUUCUGGCUGCGCUCCUCCUGAUCUCCAGCGGCUCUGCAGGAACCAUCCAAACAGCUCUGAAGAUCAACCAGGCUUUGCUGACGUUUCACAAUCAGCUGACUGAAGAAGUGCAGGUUUCCUUCACAUCUGACUACUGCUACAAGUGUUUGUUCCAGCAUUUGGCCUCCGUGACGCCCAACAACAACAACGCUUCCGUCAUCAUCAGCACUCAGUUCAGCCUGACUGUACAGGUGGAGUCAGGAGGCGGGAGCUCCACUCUGUGCAGGUGGAGGCAGACGUACCAGGAAGGAGGCCAUUACUCCGUUUGGAUCCAGGCUCGGGAUCACCUGGUCAACCACACCUGCAGUCAUUCUACAGAUCGACCUCCACACAACGUGUAUCUACCGAUCAUAGCUGCAGCUCUCCUAUUGGCUGCAACUGCUCUCCUGUUUGUGGUGGUGCCGCUCAUCCACAGGCGGCGUGGGGCGUUCCUCAGGGCGGCUUGCUGCCAGGACCCCCAGAACUCUGUGGAUGAUGACGGAGCCCCUGAAACGGCGGUGGUGGCGGCGGACAGCAGAGGAACCCGGCCAGCACGCCUCCUCUCCCUGGACACUUUCCGAGGGUUUGCCCUCACCGUGAUGGUGUUUGUGAACUACGGCGGUGGAGGUUACUGGUUCUUUGAGCACGCUCCCUGGAACGGUUUGACGGUGGCAGAUCUGGUCAUGCCGUGGUUUGUGUUUAUCAUGGGGACCUCGGUGGUUUUGGCUUUCAGCUCCAUGCAGAGGCGAGGAGUCGGCCGCCGGCAGCUGCUGGGAAAGAUCACCUGGAGAACAGUUGUGCUGAUGCUGCUGGGCUUCUGCUUUCUCAACUAUUCUCCAAGAGAUGGACCACUGUCCUGGUCCUGGCUGAGGAUCCCUGGAGUGCUGCAGCGUCUGGCCUUCACCUACUUUGUUCUGUCUCUCCUGCAGACUUUUUGGGGCCGGAAAGCCAUCCCAGAGAGUGAGAACCACUGGUGGAAUCCCGUCCAGGAUGUGGUCCUGUUUUGGCCGCAGUGGCUGCUGAUCUUUCUGCUGGAGACUCUGUGGCUUUGCAUCACGUUCCUCAUGCCCGUGCCCAACUGUCCCACAGGGUAUCUGGGAGCAGGAGGAAUCGGAGACCAUGGCCUUUAUCCAAACUGCACUGGGGGGGCAGCAGGAUCCAUCGACAGAUGGAUGUUUGGUGAUAACAUGUACAGAUACCCCACCUGUAAAAAGCUGUAUCGGACAGAGCAGCCUUACGAUCCAGAGGGAGUUUUGGGAACCAUCAACUCCAUUGUGAUGGGAUUUCUGGGAAUGCAGGAAGCUCCAGCUUCUCCUUGUUGUGGUCCUUCUGCCUCACAGCUGCCCUCCGUCACUCCUAGUGGCUGUUGCCCCGACGUCUCUGAUGGCGACGGAGUCACUUAUAACCAUUUGGCCUGUGGGAAGCCGCCAUGCCAAAGCAGCCGCAUUGCUGAAUUCCCCGGGGGGUCGGCUCUGAGCCCUUCAGUCAGCGAGUUGGAGACGACACGCCAGGCAGGAAAAAUCAUUGUUUUCUACAAGAGGAAGAGCGGCCACAUCCUCUGGCGGUACCUGACCUGGGCUGUCAUCUUGGGAAUCUCAGCAGCCAUCCUUUCUAAGUGCACACGAGACGGAGGAUUUAUACCUGUCAAUAAAAACCUUUGGUCGCUGUCCUAUGUGACGUGUACGGGCGCUCUGUCUUUCCUGCUGCUUGGAGGCAUGUAUUUCCUCAUCGACGUCCGGGGCUGGUGGGGAGGACAGCCUUUCCUUUAUCCAGGGAUGAACUCCAUCUUGGUGUACGUCGGACACUCCCUGCUGGGCUUCUACUUCCCGUUCAGCUGGAAUAUGCGUUUCCAGGACAGCCACUGGGAAUUCCUGUUCCAGGGCGUGUGGGGAACGUCCCUGUGGGUGCUGGCCGCCUACCUGCUCUACAGGAAGGCCUUCUUCCUCAGAAUAUGACCAGCGUAUGGAAACUGACCGCUGUCUGACAAAUAAACCACAUGGAUGGGAAAGGGUC